AUGAUAUGGGAGUGGGUCUUUCGCUGGCUGCAUCCUCGCGGUGGCAUAAGGGAGAGGGAUGCACAUGAAGACAUUUUGACGAAUGAGACUUUGAGGAAAUUGCAGCUGGAGCUGAAUCGCCUCGAAAAAGACAUUGAAGCUAUCACAGUGGCCCUCUGUCACUGUGAGGAGGCGCUGUCUUCUCUGUUACACAAAGAGGUGCGGCUGCGGGAGGAAUUUGAGGAAAUUGUUAUGGGGAUGCAUGAUACUGUGUCAGGGGAGUUGGAGGAAACGAUCAACAACGAUACAGACAGCAUUGACUCUGUUCAGCAGUUACUCAAAUACAUCCAGCAGGAUAGGGAGCGGCUACAAGAUCGAGGUUAUCGGCUCCAUGUAAAACUGCAGUAUCUGAAGGCGGAGAAAAAGACUGUUGCCGAAUCAACAAACAUAUUGAUGUCGCGUUUAUUGGGCAACACAGGUGUUCAACAUAUGCUGUUGGCAGACAAUGAAGAUAACGAUGAUGGAGGUUGGAAGCCUGUGAUUCAUUCGCCUCCAGUUAUGGUGCGAUUAGUUGAGGAGUACAGGGAUGAAGAAGGAACGGAAGAUAGGAGGAGUAAACAUGUACCUUGA